AUGAGAAAAAGCGGAUAUACGCCAUCAAAUGUAGGUCUUGAAUCUGAAAUAAACGUAUUAUUAGGCUCUGAUUUCUUAUGGAAAAUUCAAAAGGGAAUUGUCGAAAAUUUCACAAAGGAAUUGUAUGUAGUGGAAACUAUAUUUGGUCAUACAGUGCAGGGAAGAACUGAUUCAAAUAAGAGGGACGUGAAUUGUUUAAGGGUUUCAGUUGGAAAUAUAAACACCCAGCUAAAAUCAUUUUGGAAUUUGGAAUCUCUUGGUAUUAUUGAAAAAAAUGAAGGUAACACUGCUAAUCUUGAUGCAGUAAAAGAAUUUCAAGCAAAUUUGAAAUUUGUAAACGGUCGUUAUGAAGCACGUUUAUUAUGGAAGGGUUCUCGUGAGUUACUUGGAAAUAAUUUGGAAGUAGCCAAAGUAAGGUUUUCUAAUUUAGAAAACAAACUCUUGAAAAACAAUUCAUUGUUUGAGGAUUAUAACUCUAUUUUACGGGAUCAAUUUGAUCAAGAUUUAUUUUUUGGGGCAAAUACUACUGAAGAAGCUUUUAAGUUGUCGAUAGAAGCUGUUGAAAUCAUGAACAAAGGGGGAAUGAACUUAAGAAAAUUUGAAACUAAUUCAGAAGAACUUAGAGCUAAGUGGAAUGAGCAGGACUGUAUUGAUAACUUUAAUUCUGAUAAUACUUCACUGAAAGUACUAGGGUUGAUCUGGAAUAGCGAUAAUGACACUUUUAGUGUAGAUUUUCGUAAUUUGUUAUCAAAAAUAAAUGAUAACUGUACUAAACGAAAUGUCCUUAGAAUUGUAGCUAUGAUUUUUGAUCCAGUUGGAUUCAUAGCACCUUUUGUCAUUCGUAUGAAAUAUUUCUUGCAACAAUUAUGGAUAGCGGGACUGGAUUGGGAUGAAAACUUUUCUGGCGAGCUUCAAACUAACUGGAAAAUUUGGCUUUCAGAAAUUGAAGACCUAACUCAAUUGACAAUUUCGAGGCAUUACUUUAAUUCUUUAGUAAUCACGGGAAAAACUGUUAUUCAAUUGCAUGUGUUUAGUGAUGCAAAUCCAAAUGCGUAUGGUGCAGUAGCAUAUUUGCGGUAUCAAACAUCGCAUGAUAGUUUCAAAACCAAUUUUGUCCUGGCUAAAUCGAGGGUUGCACCUCUAAAGAAAAUUUCGCUACCACGACUUGAACUAAUGGGGGCACUCAUUGGUGCAAGAAUUGCAGAUUAUAUUAGGAAUUUUUUAUUAGUGUCGAAUAUUUUUUAUUGGACAGAUUCAGAAAUUGUUCUUCAUUGGAUAAAGGGUUCAAACGAAAAAUGGAAACAAUUUGUAUCUAACCGUAUUGCGGAAAUACAUGGUCUAUCAGAUCCUAAUUCAUGGGGACAUUGCGAAUCCAAAAUUAACCCCUCCGAUCUAAUUACAAGAGGUUGCUCAGCAAAAACUUUAAUAAGUUCUAAACUAUGGUGGAACGGACCAGAAUUCCUAUCCCUACCUGAAGAUCAGUGGAAAAGUGCUAAAAAAUGCGCAAAACAAAUUGACGUUUCUGACGAACUUUCUCGAAAAUCAACAUACAUUUUGUCUUGCGUACUAAAGGAAAAUGAUGUUCCUAUUAUCAACAUGGCUAAAUACAGUUCUUUAACAAAACUUUAUCGUGUAACUGCAUGGAUCUUCAGAUUCAUUUAUAACAGUAGAGUAAAAUUUGAGGAAAGAAAUCGCGAAGAACUUUCAGCUGAUGAAAUAAAACGCGCAGAAAUUUUCUGGGUGAAAACAGUUCAAAGGGAAAGUUUUCACGAUGUUAUAAAGUGCUUGAAAGCGAAAAAGAAGAUUCCCAAGGAAUCGAACAUUUUUCAGCUAAAUCCUGUAUUGUCAGAAGAAGGUGUACUUUUAGUACGGGGAAGGUUGCAAAAAUCUAAUUUAACUUUUCAUGGGAGACAUCCUAUUAUAAUUCCUGAUAAGCAUUUAUUCACAAGCUUGGUCAUAAAAGACUCUUACGAACGUGUUUUGCAUGCAGGAGUGGCCGACACUUUAGUACAAACUCGGGAAAAGUUUUGGAUUCUAAGGGGAAGACAAUGUGUAAAAUCGGUUCUUAAUAUUUGUUAUAUUUGCAAGAAAUUUAAUAUUCGUCCUGGGCAACAAGUAAUUGCACCUCUUCCCGGCGACCGAAUCAACGAAUCGCCUCCCUUUUCGGUCACAGGACUUGAUUUCGCUGGACCCCUUUACGUUAAAGGCAGUGAAAAUAGGCAUUAUAUUUUAUUAUUUACCUGCUCAAUUACUAGAGCAAUUCAUUUGGAGCUUGUCAAGGAUAUGACAACUGCUGAAUUUUUAUUGGCUUUCCACAGGUUUAUUUCUCGAAGAGGUUUGUGUGCUAUAAUAUAUUCCGAUAAUGCAAAAAGUUUCAAAAGAGCUGAAAUUGAGUUGAAGGAAAUGUGGAAGGCAAUCCACCAUCCAGAAGUUAAAAAAUUUUACUCCACUCUUGGAAUUACUUGGAAAUAUAUCGCUGAACGUGCAGCAUGGUGGGGUGGGUUUUACGAAAGAAUGGUUCGCCCGGUUAAAACCAGCCUACGUAAAAGCAUAGGAAGAUCAUCUUUAACUCUGAGUGAGUUAGAAACUCUUCUUGUAGAAGUUGAGGCCAUGAUCAAUUCUCGACCUUUAACCUAUGUUUAUUCAGAGUUUGAAGAACCAUCGCCCCUUACGCCUGCCCACUUUUUGAUUGGAAAACGAGCCAUGUGUUUACCUGUAAUUAAAAUUAAUGAUUUAAAUUUGCCUGGAACUAAGGAAAUUUUACUCAAACGUUUACGCUUGCGCGAAACAAUAUUGAACCACUUCUGGAAACGUUGGAUAAACAAAUACCUUCUGAAUUUAAGACAAAUGGAUGAAGAUGCUAAUGCUGUACCUGGUACAUCCAAUUACACUAGUCAGAGAAUCACACCAGUAAGAAAUAGAAAAAAGGCCGCUACACAAGAAGAAAUAAAUCAAAUACUCUUCAGAAGUGACUCUGAAGAUAAUUUACUAUCGAAUUCAGAAGUUGAACUUUGGUUACCAGAAACCCAAAAGGUUUCAGAAGCAUCGGAGAAGGUUACAGAUGAGAGUGAAGAAGACACUGAUGAUGAAAUCAGAAGUACAACUACUCUAUCUGUAAAACUAGCAAUUCCAAACCAAAGUCGCAAAGUUUUGUGGUUUGCCGAGAAAGAUAAUGCUUUGAAGGAGAAAAUUCCUGACUUUACAGGGAAGAAAAGAGUGAAAGUACAAGCAGCAGUCGAGCUGAGAAAGGAUGGUAGCAACCAUUACCCUGCAAAAACAGAUAGGAAGUGUGCAGCCAAAUGCCACUUGCAUGGCUGUUUGAAAAAAACUAGAUACAUUUGUGAAAAAUGGAAAGAGCCUCUAUGCCCUGAAUGCUUUGCAGCAUUUCAUUCCAGAUAA